AUGGAAAUGGCGAGUAUUACUUCUAUCUUCAGAGUUUCAGUGACGCCAGCACCGGUACCUUUGAGCUCACGUCAAAAGCGUAGUGGACAGAGUAGAGGACAGCAUAGUGCCAAUGCAACCGCUAAUGCUGCCACCUCAGCAUCAAUGGCUGCGAUGGCUUCGGGUGUGCGUUCUGCCAAAACUGAGCUACCGGGCAUCUCCGUGACGUCCGCUGGACAGCAGCAGCAACAGCAGCACCAUCAUCGUCAUCGUAAUGCCACUCCCACUGUCUCUCAUUCCUCUUCCUCUUCCAAUCGGGAGGAAGUUACAAGUGGAGAUGUUUCAGCCCCGACAGCUGUGGUUAAAGUUGCGGAGACUAUUGUAGAGGAUGUAGUGGAGAAUGUUCGGGAGGAAUUCAAGGAAGUUGGCGGCGGUGUGAGCAAUUCACAAGCGCGUGCCUCCGAUGCGGUGGUGGUAGUGGUGGAAGGCAAGAACCUUGGCUCAGCAUCCAGUCAAAUGGCUCUAAACCCUACUGCUGCCGCCAGCUUAUCUGCAGACAGUGGUCAUCAUUCCUCUAGUACAGAGCACCGUCGCCCUCACGAUAUCCCUGGCUAUCACUCACCUCAGUCCUCAGCACAUCAGAGUACAUGGACACGGAACUUCCUUCGGGCACUUGGAAGCUUCCUUCAAGGACCGUCGAAGCAGGCGUCGGCACCAACGCAACUGAUUGGAGGGGGGAAGCGGCAGAUCUACUCGAGGCCCCGAGAGGUACGCAGCCCCUGGGGCGUGCACGUGACUUCGACUAAGACAGCGUCAGAAUUGAUGAAUGAGAUGAAACAUGCGUUGAAGGCGGUGAAGGGUUGUCAGUGGGAGGCGGACUCUCAGUGGAUGUACUUGCUGCAUUGUGGAUGGUCAGAAGUGCUUUCGGAUAGCAGCAACACAGAGGAGAGUGUAGAGAUGGUAGAGGUGGGUUUAACGACGGGUGGAAGGGCCGGAACGACUGCAGGAUUGGGAGAACUGGAGAGGCCGAGGGGUGUGGCCUCUUCGUCAGUCUCCUCGGAUAUGCUACAGUGGCAGAUGGAAGUAUUCUCCUCGGAUAUGCUACAGUGGCAGAUGGAAGUAUGUUCCAUUCCGCGUCUACAUCAACGAGCUGUUUGUCUCAAACGCAUUCGCGGCUCUGCCAUCCAAUUUCAGAAGGUGGCCACGCAGGUCAUGGCU